AGUGGUCUUGAUCAGUGAAUUCUGAGUCUGUGAGUGAUGUGAAAUUGUGAAUUUAUUUUAUUGAAAUUCUCACGAGAUAUACUGUGUUUGUUUGCAAAUAAAACUUUGCCUUGUUGUAGCAUUAUUGCGAAUUGAAUAAGUGAUUUCUGUUUAGUGUGAUAAUAAAUAACUAAGAUGGAGGAGCGGAGCGUGGAAGACACUCCGGUGUCUCAGAGGCUCACAAAUGACGAUUUUCGUAAGCUGCUGAUGACUCCAAGGGCUACACCGGCUGGGGGCGCCCACCCCGCGGGCUCCGUGCGGGAGGCCAUGGCCAAUGCUGGGUCAAUGCCCCCACCAUCGGAGAACAAGAGUGAACUCCGUCGUAAAAAGAAAUCAUACUAUGCCGCACUGAAGAAACAAGAGGAUAAUAAACUUGCGGAGUUAGCAGAGAAGUACAGAGACAGGGCCCGGGAGAGACGGGACGGACUCAAUGAUAUAGGACCAGCAGACCCAACUAGUAAUACAAGCAGUGCCUAUAGAGCGGUAGCACCUGACGUGAAGUCCGGCAUGGAUGCCAAAGAAAGAAGGCGGCAACUUAUUCAGGAAUCAAAAUAUCUUGGUGGUGACAUGGAACACACUCACUUGGUGAAAGGUCUUGACUAUGCCUUAUUGCAAAAAGUGCGUUCCGAAAUCCAAACUCGUGAGCAGGAACAGGAAGCAGAAAUGGAGCGUUUAGUAUCUGAGCCGGUCGAGCAGGUUAAGGAGAAAAAAGAGAUUGUGGUACCCAUGGAAGAAGAAAUACAAUUCAAGACAGAUAUGGGCAGGAAUAUUUACAACCUCAUAAUGGAACAGAAGAACAAGAAAGUAGUGCGCAACGAGAUGUUCGCGGCGGGCCGCAUGGCGUACGUGGUGGAGUUAGACGAGGAAGGCACGAUAGACAGCGAUAUCCCGACGACGCUGACGCGCAGCAAGGCGGAUGUACCGGAACCCGACGAGCGCAGCUCCGCCGCCAGCGCCAACGACGCCAUCCUCGACAAACUGACGCAAAUCUUCUCUUACUUGCGACACGGCCGCCAUCGGAAGCUCAAGAAGACCAAAGAUAAGGCAGAAAAGGGCCGGAAUGACGACUCGAUUUACGGUGAGAUCGGUGACUACGUGCCUGGUGACAGACGCGCCGACCGCCGCGACGACCGCCCGCGCUCCGGCUACUUCGACAAACCCAUCGACACUGAGAAGGAAGAGGGUCCGGGCCCUCUACCGCGGCGCCAAGCAUCUAGUACAACGGAGGACAGAGACAAACGUUCAGCGGCGCUGCUCUCACGUUUGGCUGCCGAGCCGGAGGGGUAUGCGGAGUGCUACCCCGGCCUCAGGGAGAUGGAUGACGCCAUAGAUGACUCUGAUGAUGAGGUCGACUACACUAAGAUGGAUGCUGGCAAUAAGAAGGGGCCUAUUGGUCGCUGGGACUUCGACACCCAGGAGGAGUACUCAGCGUACAUGAGUAGCAAGGAGGCUCUACCGAAAGCCGCCUUCCAAUACGGUGUGAAAACGCAGGACGGCCGCAAGACAAGGAAAACGAAAGAUAAGAGCGAGAAAGCUGAACUCGAUAGGGAGUGGCAACAGAUCCAGAAUAUAAUACAAAAACGCAAAGCGCCACAGAAUUCGAAUACUGAUGAGCCUGGGUUUAAGACACCAAAGUACUGAAGAUAUAUCGUGUUGUAUACAUUGAUUCUUUUACUAUUCAUAAAAUAUAAACAUGAAAUAUUA